GGGCGGGGGGGAGCAUUUUUCGAGUGCCUCCCCCUCCCUGGUCCGUGGCCAGAUCAGCACCCAGCAAUCGUCUUGUUUCCCCCUGACUCCCUUGCUGUUCUCCAACGAUGCUUCGCACCGCCACCUUCCUCGUCAGUGCCUCCACCCGCACCGCCUCGCGCGUGGCCUUCCGUGGCUUCGCUUCGGCCGCGGCCGGCGGUAACAACAACACCGCCCAGCAGCCCGAGGACGACGGCGUCGACUACGCCACCGCCCCCAUCAACCCCGACCCCAACGCCGAGGAGUACAAGCCCAUCGGCAGCCCCGCCUACUUCGAGCACGGCUACCGCACUCCCCGCUACGAGAUCCCCCGCAACAUCGAUCUCCUGACCGGUAACUCCCGUAUCGAGUACAUCCGCAUGCUUCAGGGCAAGUUCGACGCCUCCAACGAGCCGAACCCCAACCCCCACUUCGGCACCAAGGAGAACCCCAUCAUCAUCCCCUGCGGUGAGGAGUCCGCCAUCGUCGGCUGCCAGGGCCUCUGCCCCCACAUCGACGAGCCCGGCUACAUGGAGUACUGGACCAUGCCCGUCAACACCGAGGGCCGCUGCCAGGAGUGCGGUCAGUACUUCAAGUGCAUCGCCGACGAGUCCCAGAACAUCUACUACUAAGCAGUGGAUGCCUUCUCUAGAUUCCGCUUGGCUUCGCCGGCCCCCUCUCCCCGAUGGUGGUCGGCACUUGCGUGCGCCGAUCCCCUUGCUCGGCGCCCGCGGCCAAUGUCACCUCGGCGCUUCAUAAAGUGGGCCGCCCCUCCUUCUGUGGGUGUGCAGGGGUGGCGGAAGGAAGUGAGAUGUUGUGCUGCCUCUGGCCUGGCGCACCGUUUGCCGCGCACGCCUGCCGCAGGGGCGCCUCGAGGAGGAGGGUAGUCCGAGCGGGGGCGGAGGGGGUGGGGGCAUGAUACACAUUCAUUCCUCUCCCUCCUCUCUCUCUCUCCCCCGCAUGGCCAUCUCUCCUUCUUUUUGCUCCUGCCGCGCGUGUGCGU